CCGGACGUGGUGGCGCCCCUCUGCUUCCACCUCGAUAGCGCGCUGGUCGGGGUUCUCAUAGGUCGGGGCGGAGCUAAAAUAAAAGAACUGCAGGAUUCUUCGGGUUCCAGGAUAAAGGUUAUAAAGGGAACCUAUGAAGCGGAAGUAAAGAUUUUUGGCAGUGUUGCUGUUCAAAACAAAGCCAAGAUGUUGAUUGAUGAUACUAUUACAAGAUCUGGACAAAACUACAUUAGAGGAAAAACCUUCGACAUUAUCAAGCCUGAAAAUAACCCAAAGAAAUCUGUGAUUAACUGGGCCUCCCUUCGAGAAAACAAAGCGAAAUACGAAACUAUGAAGUGGGCAGGCUUGCCUCCAAUUGAGAAAAACUUCUAUAAAGAAUCAUCAGGGACUGCAUCUAUGUCACAAGAAGAAGUGGAACUGUGGCGGAAAGAAAAUAAUAAUAUAAUUUGUGAUGACUUAAAAGAAGGUGAAAAACGCUGCAUUCCCAAUCCUGUUCGUAAAUAUGAAGAUGUAUUUGAGCAUUAUCCUGAUAUUAUGGCUAAUAUCAGAAAAGCUGGUUUUCAGAAGCCUACACCAAUUCAGUCCCAGGCAUGGCCGAUCAUACUGCAAGGAAUUGAUCUUAUUGGCAUAGCACAGACUGGCACCGGGAAGACAUUAGCAUACUUAAUGCCUGGAUUCAUUCACUUGACUUCACAACCAAUACCCAAAGAUCAGCGUGGGGGGCCAGGAAUGUUAGUCCUUGCUCCCACUCGAGAACUGGCACUUCAAGUAGAGGCAGAGUGUUCGAAGUACACAUACAAAGGAAUUAAAAGUAUUUGCAUCUAUGGUGGUGGGGACCGAAAAGGACAGAUAGACGUGGUUACCAAAGGUGUGGAUAUUGUUAUUGCUACUCCUGGCAGACUGAAUGAUCUUCAAAUGAACAACUUCAUAAAUUUGAAGAGCAUAACAUACUUGGUGUUAGAUGAGGCUGACAGAAUGUUGGAUAUGGGAUUUGAACCUCAGAUACUGAAGAUACUGCUAGAUGUGCGACCUGACAGACAAACUGUUAUGACAAGUGCUACUUGGCCUGAUGGUGUUCGUCGCCUAGCGAAAUCCUAUUUGAAAAAUCCUAUGAUUGUGUAUGUUGGCACUCUUGACUUAACGGCAGUAGAUACAGUAGAACAGAGAGUUGUUGUUGUUGCCGAGGAGGAGAAGAGAGCUUUGAUGCAAUGCUUCAUUGACUCUAUGAAGCCAAAAGAUAAGGUCAUCAUUUUUGUGGGAAAAAAACUUACAGCUGAUGACUUAGCAAGCGACUUCAGUCUACAAGGAAUUCCAGUACAGUCGCUCCAUGGUGACAGGGAACAGUAUGAUCGAGAACAGGCUUUAGAUGACUUCAAGAAAGGCAAAGUCAGAAUACUGGUAGCUACUGACUUGGCAUCCCGUGGCCUUGAUGUCCAUGAUAUUACCCAUGUUUUUAACUUUGACUUCCCUCGCAACAUUGAAGAAUAUGUUCAUAGAAUAGGCCGUACUGGAAGAGCAGGACGUACCGGGGAGGCAGUAACACUUGUCACAAAGAAUGAUUGGAGAGUUGCAUCUGAGCUGAUUGAAAUUCUGGAAAGAGCAAACCAAGUAGUUCCUAAUGAGCUUAUUGCAAUGGCAGAAAGAUACAAACUCUUUCAAGUCAGAAAAGAAACUGAGAAGGUUAUACGAAGACCUCAGAGGAAGCCCUCAAAAUAA